AUGGCAUCAAGUACACGGAUAAGUCCUUAUGAAAAUGGCCGAAUGCUUCUUCUUAAACGCGGUAAAAAGGCAACGAAAGUUUGUUACGCUGGAAUUGGUCUCACUUUUCUUUUUUUAGGAUUCUUGUAUUCCAUUUCGACCAACGGUGCUUCCGCAUCUUCUUUUGUCCUCUGGUCUAUUUACUGUUCUCUCAUUUUCGCUAUACAUCUUACUCUUGUUUACUUUUUGCAUUUCAAUUCAAUACCCGCCUCAGAAGUUCCUUCAGUGGAAGAAUACCAAACCCUUGACACUUACGCUUCUGGUAUCCGUACUCCUCCGGUAUGCUCACCUCCUCGGUAUGCGCAUUAUUCCAAGGAUCCAUAUUCGUAA